AUGGAAAAGAGGAUUCUAGCUCAUCUCAUUGUUCUACGAUCAGCAGCUUUCCUGGAUUCCAAGGGUUGA